UUUCAGUGAGAACCGAUUCUUCGGUUACGAUUCCGAGUCCAAGAAGUACGAUGCUGAAGCCCAUCGCGACCGCAUCUUCGGCAAACACGUUGCAGAGUACAUGCGCUCACUGAAGGAAGAAGAUGAGGAUGCCUACAAGCGACAGUUCUCUCACUUCAUUGCCCAAGGCAUCACUGCCGACAAUCUGGAAGAGAUGUACAAGAACGGUCAUGCUGCCAUUCGUGAGAAUCCCGAUAGACGAACACAGCCUUCCAAGAAAGCUGGAGAGAAGAAGAGAUGGGGAGCCAAGAAGAUCACUUUGGAAAAGAGAAAGGAGCGCAUUGAAGAGAAGAAAGCCCUAUUGCUGCAGCUGAAAGCACAACAGGAAGCGAUGUAA